AUGUCCGGCGAGCCGCUUCCGCCGCGCACGGUGCCCGAUGACAUCCUGGGGUUCAGCUGCCGGACGUACAUGGCGGGAGACGCUGACGAGCGCUACCCUAACGCGCACGGAGUGCACCCUGCGGAGUUCAAGGUCGAGCUCAGGGUGCCGGUGCCCCUCCUGGGGCUUGCUCCGGCGGAGGAGGAGCGGCUGAUUCAGAUCGUUGGCCCUCGGUACCUGGAGCGGCAGCAGGUGUUGAGGCUCGUGUCCGAUCGGUUCCCCAACCGCAUCGACAACAAGAGCGCACCGGAGACACGAUUGGACAUGCGCACGAAGGCUGUCGUGGACAACUACCUCGCCUUUCAGCGCUACCUGGUGCACUUGCUCGAGAACAUCCUCGUUGAGGCUCGCAACAUCGACGACGAGGAGGCCUGACAUGGCAUGCUGGACGUGGAAGUGGGGGCAACUCAUCGAGCACGUGGUUGCUGGAGGGAGGGUUAUAAACAGCAGUCGUCGACUUGAGAGGGCGAGGCGUUCUCGACGCCACCUGAGAUACUCAACCGCGUGUGGGCUACGCGAUUCCCGAAAUAGGCAUGCCUGUUUCGCCGGGGAGAUGGGGUUGAAGGCCGGAGCACACACUUCAACUUCUCGGGGGUUUUGUUUCACGUCUCUGUUGACCCGUUUGCGAAGCGAGUGAAGCGUGUGUUGUGUUGUUGUGUGGCUUAGCGGUUGGUAGCGUCGGGCACGUUGAGUGAGCUUGGUCGUUCACAAGUUUUGGAGCAGAGAGCGUUCUGGCGUUUUUUCUAUCUCAUGGAAAGUUCCGUUUUCACGGAGGGAAGAAGAUCCGUUGCGUUACAGUAACGCGGAGUUGCGUUUGGUGGGGAGCUUGUUUUCCUGGUGCGACGGCAGCGGCGAGUUGUUCGCCGUUUUGGUGUCACAACCAUUGGUAGGAGACAUAUUUUUCUGCUCCGUAUCCUGGACACCCAUUGGUCGUGAAGAUAGCGAUGAACUCUUUGUCUGUUUUGACUGGCCCGAUGUUCUACUGCUGUAAGGGUCGGAUGAACAAAGGCGGCCUUUCGUUUCCUCGUGGGUGGGGCGGUUCGUUUGUUCGGCGAGGGGUUUCAAUACCUCGGUGGGGCGUUUUUUUCUUCUCGGAAAGGGAUUUCGUUGUUCUCGGAAAGUAAAAGUGUUUCGGUUUCUCGGCGGGGAGAUAAGCUAUUAGCUAUGAUCUUUUAACGGGUUAACGUAGUACCACUGCUUGUUUCCUCACAAAGCAGUGCAAGGUGGUCGAUUGUCCGUCCGGGAUUUUUUUGGAAAAAUGUCGAGUUUUGUUUGGCGCGAUGACCUUCGAA